UAGUUUACUUUCAUUUCAGGUGCUGUACAUUAAAAAUGUGAUUGUGAACAAAAUACAAAUUAAUUACGGUUUUCAUAUUAAAAGACGGGCAUAAGAAGGCGUUCGCAGUGUCUUUAGGAACGACACCCUGAUUGACGAGAAUGUUACCAUGGGUUAAGGGAAUUGAAAUUUGAAGUCUUGAGUUGUACAACUCAAAGAUAAUCAUGAACAGGAGAAAGAGAGUGAUUGCCUACCUAAUAGGCCUGGCAGUGAUCGUGUACUGUGGGGUACAGAUGAUGUACAUGAAAGAUGUCUACAGCCCACUACAAGUUCUAGCUGAUGCCCACAGUGAGGCUAAGAGACUGAUGCGCUUCAUAACAGCUUACCAUUUUAUGUGCAACUCAACUAUGAUAUUGUCCAAUGCCACAAAUUGGCCGUUGUGUCUUGAGCAAGACGGAGGCAUCAAUCUCGAUUCAUCAACCACAAGAGUUAUAUAUUCCAUUGGCCCAUCUAAUUAUGAUUUUGAAGAUGCAAUCGCAAGAAACACAUCCUGUAAUGUUUUCGUCUUUUCCCAUGAAAAACCUCCGUCAGAUUUCUUCCUGACCAAAUCCAACAAUACACACUUCAUUCGCUCUGCCAUAGUCCCAAAUGAUCCUGCUGAUUUCUCUCGAAACUCUUAUGAGACACAGACUCUGAACAAUGCACUGGGCAUUUUAAAACACAAGACAGUUGAUAUUCUAAAGAUAGAACAUGUUCUUGACCAGCGCCGGUCAUAUGAAUUGCUCUAUUAUCUCAUUAACGACGGUGUAAUGAAAAGGGUAAAUCAAGUCUAUUUCUCCGUGCUUAUAGACAGGAUAGAUGAUGACUAUUUAUAUGCCUGGUAUCGGACACUGUACAGUCUUUUUCACAAAGCCAAUUUCCGCCUGUAUCACACGGCCACGUCCAAUCAGCUGUGUCUACAGGUCACCCUGAUGGAGUCCUGCAUGUACUCCAUGUCCUGGGUCAAGUCCCCCAGCCCCCGCACAUUCAUCAUGUACCCCCCUGCUGUAGAUGGUACUUACAAGAAUGAAAUGAAAAGACUUGAGGAUUAUUUGGACAACAAGGAAAAAAAGUGUAAGGAUGUGUACAGAGUCCAUGUAACAGAUAAAACUACAUUAGAUCUGUGUGGUGAUGUGAUGAAAGUUUCCAAGUCCUGUAGGCUGGUCAUUAUUAGGGUAGCGAGAUCCCCUGUCACCGUCCAGUUCCUGGAUCGUCUCGCAUGUGACGUGUUCGUGAUACAAGGCUCGGAGUUAGGGAUGGAGGGGGAUGUCACAGUAUUCCGGACUAACAGUGGAGGAAACUCGGUCACUAAUGUACAAACUCUUUCACUGAAUGAAGCGAUGUAUAAAUGCUUGAACCCGGACGCCUACAACUUCCUUUACACAGACAUUGACAAGGAGUACUGGGCGUUGAUGUCUCAUGUUCUGGAUUCCGCCGUUCUUCAGGGUGUUGACCAGAUAUUGUCUGACCUAUCGCUAUGGGAACAUAUCAACAUGAACAAUAUUCGCCAGCGCUUCAGUGAACUGAAACGAAUAAAUGCCUAUGGCCUGGAACUUUACGAGUACUCUGAUCUCCCCGAAAGUGAGAGGCUAUACUUCACGAGUCUCAAACACAAGAAAAAGAGGUUGAGUUUUAUUCGUACCUCUCAGAAUUUGAAAUUUAAAUGAUCUGAUUCUUUCGAGCUGUAAAGAAGUGAAAAUAUGCUGUGUUUUUAUUUUGAUCAUAGAAUUUACUCAAAAAGGUGUUCUGUCGUAGACUCAUACAUGGCCUAGCAGGCAAGCCAGUAGUUUAUCUAUAUAAAAAUUUCAUAUUGUAAAUUUAAUCUUUUUUAUAUUUAUGUUGUAAUGUCUUGGCUUUGCCACCAUAGCUGCUAGUUAGGGCUUUAAAUGUGUAAUCAUGAGAUUGAUGUGAUUGUUAACAUGUAUUUGUGAUUUUUUUUUUUUUUUUCUUUGAAUAAUUUUUAAUGCCUCCUUAUUUCAUAUGUGCUAAUGUUUAAGAAGUAGCAUUUGUAUGAACAUCUAUUUUUCCCCAACAGCCAACAGCUUUUUUUUGAUAGCAAGGAAUUUUUGUUAAAUACUCUCAUGUACACGUUUUAUUAGCAUCACAAUUAUAAUAGGUAUAAAAUGAGUUAUCGAUGCUUGCUCAAAUAUGAAGAUGUAAUGAUACUGAUGUACUUAGAACUGUGUCUAACAACGCUGCUCAGCUCCCAUGCGGGUUCAGAGUUACUCAGUUAACAUCACUCAGUGCAGUGCAAAUUACUUUUUUUUUAAAUUGCAUUUUUUGACAUACACUGUACAUUAUAUGUUACUUUAAGUUUUAACAAACCUAUUUGUGCUUAUUUGUAGAUUUUUUUUUAUUUUUUGAAGCACUUUUAUAUUGACAUUUCAAUUGCAAGUCCUAAAUUUUUAUUCUAAAGUUCUUUUUAUGUAAAAUAUAUUGAGGUUGUACUUCUGAUCUGUUAUUUUUGCAAGGAAUUGAAUACAUGAACAUGUAUAGGAAUGCAGGUUAUUUCAAUGGUGCCACUUGUUUGAAACAGAAAGUUUCAGAAAUAUAGACGAACCCAUUAGUUCUCUUCAGUGCCAUAUACUACAUAUUAAAUCAAUACAACACGUAUGUUGAUAACCAAAUCAUACAUUUAUACAAAUAAUAAGCAUGGGAAAAUAUGUACACUCAAGUAUAUCGAGUAUCUGUGUCAACAUAAUACCAAUACAUUUUAUACAUAUGCACUGUUCAUGUAGUAAAACUUAUCUUUGCUUGUGAAUACAUGUAUUAUUUUUUUAAAUCAAGGAAGAAUGAACAAUAAAAAGUCAUUUUCCUAA